UCGUCACUAUUAAGUUUCCCGGAACUUCCGCCAAGUGUAAACGGAAGUAGGUACGUGGCUGCUUCAGCUGACAGGCUACAUGAUGGCGACAGAGGUUCAGAGCGGUGACCUCGAUAGUGCUACUUCUAGCCGGCUCGAAGUUUCUAUCGAUGGCCUUACCCUCAGUCCUGACCCGGAGGGCGAACAGGGUCAGGUCGGAGAGCCGGAACCUAAACCCGCCGAAACCAAGUCUGAUACGCCUGAUGCCACUGAAGGCGAAGAUGGAGAGACUGCCAAAUCUGUGAUAGAGAGGAAAUGGGGCUUUCCUUUACAAGAGCUGUACGGAAUGGCCCUUAAAUUUUUCAAAGGUAAUGAUGGUAAGGCCUUCCACCCAACCUAUGAGGAGAAGCUUCGACUGGUGGCACUGCACAAACAGGUGUUAUUGGGUCCUUAUAAUCCUGAUGCUUCGCCGGAGGUUGGCUUCUUUGAUGUUCUAGGCAAUGACCGCAGGAAAGAGGGGGCCUCCCUGGGUAACAUGGAGAAAGAAGAGGCCAUGGUGGAGUUUGUCAAGUUGCUCAACAAGUGCUGUAAUCUCUUUGCUCCCUAUGUCUCCUCACACAAGAUUGAAAGGGAGGAGCAGGAGAGGAAAAGAAAAGAGGAGGAGGAGCGUCAGCGGCUGGAGGAGGAGGAGAGAGAGCGACAAAGACAAGAGGAGGAGAGACGGAGGCUUGAAGAGGAGGAAAGGCUGAGGAGAGAGGAAGAGGAAAGGAGACAAGCAGAGGAAGAGAGGCUACGGAUUGAGCAGCAGAAACAACAGAUAAUGGCAGCACUGAAUGCUCAGACAGCAGUGCAGUUCCAACAGUAUGCUGCCCAGCAAUACCCCAACAGCACCGAGCAACAGUUGGGCCUCAUCCGUCAGCUUCAGGAGCAGCACUACCAGCAGUACAUGCAGCAGCUCUACCAGGUCCAACUGGCCCAGCAACAGGCGGCCUUACAGAAGCAGCAGCAGCAGGCUGAGUCAGUGAUGCAUGGCACCCUGGAAUCUAACACCUUCAACAGUGGCGAACCUAUCCAUGUCUCAGCAGCUGGACCCUUAUGUGCAGCUUCACCACCUGCUGGUGAGGAAGCUCCUACAGUCAAUGGAGGCCAGUCAGAUACAUACUCGGACCGGGAGGCAGAGCCUGAGCCAGCAGAGGAGGUCUCAGAGAAUGGACCUUUAUUAGCUGACUCCCCACCAGUCAUAGCUGCUCCUUCCAUGUGGACACGGCCACAGAUUAAGGACUUCAAGGAAAAAAUCCGGCAGGAUGCAGACAGUGUGAUCACAGUGGGACGCGGCGAGGUGGUCACAGUGCGUGUUCCCACGCAUGAGGAGGGCUCCUACCUAUUCUGGGAGUUUGCCACGGACUAUUAUGACAUCGGCUUUGGGGUCUUCUUUGAGUGGACGGAUGCUUCCUCUGCUUCAGUCAGCGUGCAUGUGUCGGAGUCCAGUGACGACGAUGAGGAUGAUGAAGGUGAUGCUCCUGGUGAGGAGGAGAAAGUGAAGAAGGAGGCAGGGAAGCCCCAGGUGGAUGAGAUUGUGCCGGUAUACCGGCGGGACUGUCAUGAGGAGGUGUACGCUGGCAGCCACCAGUACCCUGGGCGUGGAGUCUACCUACUCAAGUUUGACAACUCCUACUCACUCUGGCGCUCCAAGAGUGUUUACUACAGAGUCUACUACACCAGAUAAGCCUAAAUACAGACAUAAGGGGGAGCCAGGGCGUGUGUAUGUUCAUAUAUGUGUGUAUGUAGGUGGAGAUCUCUGUGAUGGCAGCCUGUAUGUGUGUGUGUGUGUGUGUGUGUGUGUGUGUGUGAAGGAGAAAGUGAUACCAGACCUGUUCUGGAAAAAACCACCAGAGGGUGACAAAGAGACAAAUUUAGAGCCCCAGCCUGGAGAUCAGACUGAUAUGUAUGUACUGUAUGUGUAUGCGUAUCCCAAGAUACACCUUGCUAGAUCUUGUCAUUGAGCCCUUGGAAGAGGAGUGUGUUUUCCUGUUGUAUAUUCACCACCUGUCCUCACUGUGCUCACAUAGACCAAGCUUUGCUCUCAUAUUGUUACUACUUUUCACCCCGGGCUCCUCUUCAGUCACCAACCCAGCCCGACACUGGUCAGCUUGGCCUUGCGGCUGCCUCUGCCCUGGGUGAAGCUUUCAUAACCAUGAAUGGAAACCUGUCAAGUCCAGCACUCUGUGAAGCAACGUUUCCUGUUCGGUGGUCAUAAUGGCUGUUUAUCCCACAAGAACACAGACAGUGUUGGGGGAAAAAAAAUCUAAUUAUAUUGCAAAUGUACUUCAUAACACUAUGCCUUUGUUCUGCAAAAAGCUUCUGGUCUUUGCCAAGUCACACAUUAAAACACCAGUGUACACAAACUUCAUCAUCCUUUUUGAUGCAUAUAUGCUACCAUGCAUCUAUAAAGAUCUGAGGAAGCAAUGCUCUUUUCAGCUUCUUGCCAUGCAGAAACAGUCUGACUUCAGCCUUUUAUUUCUUCAUACAUUCUGACUGACAGAGUGUACCAGGGGUGGUGUUUUUUUAAUGGCGUGUACUGGCAACAUUUAUCAAGGACGGGCAAGAACUCAUUGCAUGGUUUUUAAGUGAGUGAGUACAUGUGGUAAAAUAUGGCUGUGGCUCUUCUGGCUUUGUAAACUCAAGCAUUUUGGUGUGUGAUCCAGAAUAAUAAGUUUAAAAACAAAUCACUUAAUAAAUAUUUGUUCUUACUUUCUCCUUUCACCUUUAAGCAGUUGUCUCAGUGCUUCUUGACGGCCUUGUUUGUAUGGUUACACCACAUGACUAUUACAUUAAAUUAACAACUGUCCCUUGUUCUGGAGUCUUUAUGAAUGAGUGGAUAAGAAGAUGGUACAUUAAAAUGGAAAUUAUACUACCCUGCAGGUUUUUGUGUUAAUCAUUCAGUGUGUUGGAGUUGCUGUAAACAUUUAUGACACACAAGUACACCUAACAAACAUUUUUUUGUGUGUGUUUGUGAAUUGGAGGCCAUUGCGCACUGUUACAUCUCUGCAGUGCUCAAAAAUCCAUAAAACAAAAUAGUGCUUCUGUUCUGUUGGUCAUCUCAUAUGAUGUGAAAAAAAACUAACAUAGACUUGUCUUGGGUGACAUUUUGGCUUACUAACUGCUUAGUUGUGACACUGAAAUGUAUUCAACUUACUUUUUGAAGUUUAUUUUGUUGCCAUAAUUAAGAUUAUUUCUUUUGAUCAGUUUCAUAUUGCAUGUUUUGUGUACCUACCACCUAGGUGCAUUAGGAGCAGUUGCUGUAUUAUCUGUGUUCUGCCUGAAUCUGAACGAUGGGUGUUGAAUGGAGAGUGUGUUCACUCGGCAUCAGUGACCUUUGGUUUCACUUCAUCACACUUGCUGAGCUGUAUUCUUAUAUUUUCCUGUGCGUAUGCAACCAAACUUUAAAGGCACAUUUGGAAUGAUGUCCUUGCUGAGUGUGAAUUGAUCAAAUUUGUGUAACAAAAUGUCACUACUCAUGGCUAAACCAAGCCAUAAAGAAAGUUCAGUUUUCUUCUGAUGUAUAAUGUCUGUUCUUAAGUAUGUUAUUGCUCACCAAAUGGUUUGAAUUGACAUGUAUGUAAAUAAUUCUAAAAAGGUGUUUAUGUAUUGGUUUUUAGAUGUGGAAGAAGGCUAGGGGUUUGAGAAUCGAUGCACUGUAAAAUAUGCUGAAUGAGACAUAUAUAUAUAUAUAUAUAUAUCCAUUUUAGCCCAAAUGAAAGUCCAAAACUUUUAGAAACUAUACAACUGUAAGACUCUAUUGACAUGAGAGGUAAAAGCUAAUUUUUCUAUUGUUUU